AUGGACUUUUUAUUUAAAGGAUACAAUUUUUUCCCUCAACCAAAGCAACAAAUUGCUGAAGAAACGAUUAUGAAAUUAUGUGAUAGGUUAGAACAUGCAACAUUACUCGAAGAUAGAAGGGCAGCUGUUCUUGGAUUAAAAGGAUUUAGUAGGGAGUAUCCUGAAGCUGUCAUUGUGGGGAGUUUGAAAGGAUUAAUUCAAAGUUUGUUACAGGAUAGGCAUGAUUGUGAUAUACUGAGAAUUACUCUUGAAACAAUUGUUAUUUUGUUUAAUAAUCGUAAUUCCAUCGGUAAUGAUGAUACGUCUCUUUGGCUUGCUGAUGAAUUUGUUCUUAAAAAUGAGAAUUUUGAAAUCCUUUUAGAUAUAUUAAAAGAAAGCGAUUUUUAUAUUCGUCUUUAUUCUGUCAAAAUUGUAUCAUUUAUUAUUAAAUAUCGUUUGAUUCAAGUUCAAGAGUGUAUAUUUUUAAGUCCUAUUGGAAUAUCUCGAGUAAUUUCUCUUCUUGAUGAUAAAAGAGAUAUUAUUAGAAAUGAGUCUAUUUUACUUUUGAUUGCUAUUUCUAAUGAUAAUAUCGAAUUACAAAAAAGGGCAGUUUUUGAAAAUGUAUUUGACCGUAUUUUAGCUAUUAUGCAAUAUGAGGGAGGUUUUUUGUAUGGGAAUAUGAUUAUUUCUGAUUGUUUAAUUUUACUACAAAAUCUUGUUCGUUAUAAUUCUAGUAAUCAAAAUUGGUUUCGGGAAAUGGGGCUUUUUAGUAAAAUAAAAAGUUUUUUAGACGAUGUUUUGAGUAAAGAAGAAACAAAUGUGUUGUGGGAUAAACAAAAACUUGUUAAUGUUGCAAGUAUUUUAGAAUUCAUAAGAUUAUUUGUUCCUAAAGAAACUUUGGGAAAUACUCUUAAUCAGAUUGCUAUUCUUAAAGAAGGUGUUUUUAUUAAGAUAAUAGAGCUUUCUUUUUCAUCUGAUAUACCAUCUAUGCUUCAAGCAGAGGCAGUGAAGACAUGUAGUUACCUUAUUAAAGGUAAUAUAGAUAGUCAGAAUUUUUUUUCAAAAAGUUUUUUAUCUUUGAAUAACAUACAGUUUUCAGUAGAUUCUGAAUAUAAUGUUGUACAACAUUUAUUUUUUAUUGCACUUUCACCUUUAGAGUCUAAAUUUUCUUUAAAGUUAGCUAGUUGUUAUUGUUUUCAGUCUUAUAUUUCAUCUGAUCCAUCAAAACGAAUUGAUAUUUUAAUUUAUGUUAUUGACAUGUUUAAAAAGAAUGAUUAUUCAGAAUCUCGUUUUUAUAAUCCUUUAAGUGUUAUUUUGAUGUUUAAUGCAACACAAAAAUUUAGUUCAUUUGAAAUUUGGUUUUCAUGUAUUAUCUUGAUGCAUAUUAUUGAAGAAAAUCUUGAAGCAAAAAAGUUAAUUAGGGAAAUUGUUGUAGGUGAUCCUGCUUUAGGAGAGGAGCCUGUUUCAUGUAUUCAAAUAAUAUCAGCGAAUUUAGUUAGUUCUUUAGGUUACCCGUCUGAAUAUAGAGCAAGUGUCGCAUAUUUAAUGUUAUUGGUAUUUUGGCUUUUUGAGGACGAUAAAUCUAUUUCUGAAUUCCUUAAUGAAGGAAGUACUGUUCAAUAUUUGAUCUCAGUUUUGCAGAAUUCAAAAAUAGGGAUAAUAUUGCAAGGUCUUGCUGCUACUCUUUUGGCGAUUGCAUACCAUUUUACAGAUGAAUUGUCACCUAUAUCUAGAGGGUCAUUAAAACUUCUUAUUGAUCGUAUUGGUCGUGAUUCUUUUGUUAAUCGAAUUAUUCAAUUUAAAGAGCAUCUUCUCUUAAAAGAUUAUAUAUCACUGGAUUAUAAAGAGAAUACAGAUGAUAUAUAUAUUGAAGAUACAUUUAUUAGUUUUUUUAAAGACAAUUAUGGAAUAAUUCGAAAAGCUAUAGAUAAGGGUCCACAUUUAUCACUUCAGAUUAAAAAAAUUAACAUUAAAAAUCAGGAAUUAUUUGAGAAUAAUGUUUUUUUAGCUGAAGAGCUUGAAAAGAAAAGGGUUGAGUUAUUAGUAUUGCAGGAAGAAAAAGAAAAUUAUAUUCAAGAACAAAAUUUAAAAAUUAGGAAUAUUAUGGCUGAUUUAGAAAUAGAAAAAAAAAAUUCUGAUAAUAUGGAAAAUGAAUUUAUUCGGAAAAAUGAUAAUCUUGAUUUUAGCUUAAAAAAGUCUCAAAAUGAACUUGAGAAACUAUCACUUGAGAAUCAGGAGCUUUUUCUAUCUUUAAAAAACACAGAGAAAGAGUUGGCUAAUAUUGUUGGAUUGAGAAAAAAAGACAAUGAAGAUUUUAAUAUUGUUUUUAACGAACUUAAAAAAGAUCUUGGGAAUUAUCGUGAAAUAUUUUCUGAGGUUUUGGAUUUAAGAUCUUUUAGAGAUUCAUUGCAAUCUCAAUUAUUUCAAGAAAAAAUGUCUCUACAGUCUUGUAAGAAUGACUUAUCGCAACUACAGAUUAAAGAGCGUAAAUUAAUGAAUGAAAUAUUGGAAUUAAAGGAUCAAAAAAAUGAGCUUGAAAAAAAUUUUAAAGAAGCUGAUGAAUCAUGGUUAUUAGUAAUAGAAGAGCUUGAAAAGAAAAGAAAAAGAGAUAAAUGUCGUUUAAGAGAGUUAGGUGAUAUUGUAUCAGAAACUGAUGAUGAAAAUGAAAAUAAUGAAGAAUAA